AUGCAGAGUCGCCCCUUGCAGCUCUGGGGAUCAAAGCCCACCCAGCCCCGGCCACAGGGUCCACGCAGGAAACCUCAGCACUCCCGGCCUCCCAGGCGAGGUGGGCAGCGGCUUCUCCGCACAGCGGACCGAGGAGGAGCUGUCCAGCCAGUGCAGUCCCCUGGGGAACGCGGCUCACACGCAGCGAGGCACACAGGGGUGAGGAGGGCGCUGUCACCCCAACACCGCAGCCCCGGGGUGGUGGCGCCCUCUCAGCCAGACCCGGUGGGGUCGCUGUUAGCUGUGAAACAGCCCUGGCUGGGUCCUUCCGGAGGUGACGGGGUGACUGUCCCUGCAUCUGAUGACCCUGAAGACUCCAGUGGGCAAGGUGUGGACGUGGAAGGCUGCGACAAUGAUGAGCCUGACCCUGUCCUUUCCGCCGAGGGUGGGUCCUCCCUUGGACCGGCAAACCACCCUGACUUUCCCGUCCUCCUUGAUUACCGGUACCUGCGGCACCGGCCCGCACAAGUCGGGGCCCGCUGGGCACAGAGCACCGCGUCCGGGUGCGGUGACGCUGGAGGGUCUGACCUCGCCAAGCUGCUCAGUGAAAAUGGACGGACCGGGCCACUCUGCACUUUCUCCCGAAACUCCCGCGGGAGGCUCGAGCGAGGAGGCCAGUCGCACCCGCCAGAUCCCGCGCCGCGUCCCUCCUGCGUCGGCCUCCUUCCCGCGUCCCUCCAGCCUCGGCCUCCGCUUCGUGUCCCUCCCGCUGCCCAAGCCCGAAUCCCUCCGCUGUCAAAAAACACAACCCGCUGCCGCGAGUGUCUCCCCGGGCCUUUGCGGGCCUUGCCUUCCUCGCUCAUCUUUAGGAGGAGGGGAAAGCAGCGGCCUCUAGCCCUUCAGCCCCGGAGCGCAGGGGGAGUGAACUGCGGUGGAGCCCCCGGACCGCUGGCCAGGGAAGCCCAGCCCUUAGAGCCUGGGAUUUCAUUUUCCCCACAUGGCAAUUCUGCAGCUGUCGGGAGAAAUCUUCUUUGGUCUACAAAUCAGUGGUUCCUACCAGCUGUUAGAGGAGACAUCCCUCCAGGCUGUGCUGCCCAUGGAUUUGUCUGUGAUGGUACCAGAAUAUUGGUAUUUGGGGGAAUGGUUGAAUAUGGAAGAUACAGCAAUGAAUUAUAUGAGCUGCAGGCCAGUCGGUGGCUCUGGAAGAAGGUGAAGCCCCACCCGCCGCCUUCUGGUUUACCUCCCUGCCCUCGGCUGGGACAUAGUUUCUCUUUGUAUGGCAACAAAUGCUAUUUGUUCGGUGGUCUGGCGAAUGAAAGUGAAGAUUCAAACAAUAACGUUCCCAGGUAUUUAAAUGAUUUCUAUGAGUUGGAGCUCCAGCAUGGUUCUGGUGUUGUGGGUUGGAGCAUCCCGGUCACUAAGGGGCUUGUGCCUUCACCGAGAGAAUCCCACACCGCCGUGAUAUACUGCAGAAAAGACUCCAGAAGCCCUAGGAUGUAUGUUUUUGGCGGAAUGUGUGGUGCUCGCCUGGAUGACCUGUGGCAGCUUGACCUCGAAACUAUGUCCUGGUCAAAACCAGAAACAAAGGGGACAGCGCCACUCCCGCGAAGCCUUCACACAGCCAGUGUUAUAGGAAACAAGAUGUACAUUUUUGGUGGAUGGGUUCCACAUAAAGGUGAAAGCACUGAGACUUUGCCUCACGACUGUGAAUGGAGGUGUACCAGUUCGUUCUCUUACCUAAACCUAGAUACAGCAGAGUGGACCACUCUAGUAUCAGAUUCUCAGGAUGACAAAAAAAAUUCAAGACCAAGACCAAGAGCCGGACACUGCACUGUUGCAAUUGGCACGCGGUUGUAUUUUUGGAGCGGACGAGAUGGCUAUAAAAAAGCGCUGAAUAGUCAAGUUUGCUGCAAGGAUCUCUGGUAUCUUGAUACUGAGAAACCGCCAGCACCAUCACAAGUGCAGCUGAUCAAAGCCACCACCAGCUCUUUCCAUGUGAAGUGGGAUGAGGUGCCUACGGUCGAGGGCUACCUUUUGCAGCUGAAUACGGACUUGCCAUACCAGACUGCCUUGGCAGAUUCCUCAGCGGCGCCGAGCGUGCCAGGAGGGAGGGCGGAGCCUCACAGACCGAGCGGCAACAGCGUCCUUCCCGACAGCAUCAGUGACACGGUAAACAGUGCAAAAACUGAACAUACAGCCGUGAAAGGAAUUUCAGUGAAAAACAGAGCAGAUUUCAAAGCGACGGAUUUGAAUGCCAUUUUACAUUUGCCUUUGGCACCUAACGCUUCUAAUCAUAAUAGUUGUGUGGCGGAUAUGCUAAGGAAAAAUGAAGGUCCUCACACUUCAGCACAUGCAGGUGUGCUCAGUGGCUGCCUGGACUUAAGAACGGUAAUACCAGAAAUGUCUGCAGCCAGUACUGUUUCCAGCGCGCAGCCGAUGGUGACCCAGCAGCCCAUAAAAACCGAGUCAUGCAGUACAAACGGGGCGGUUGUUAAAGACGAGACUUCACCCGCGGCCCUCAGCACCAAAACCGAAGUGGAUGAAACGUGUGCUCUUCCUGCCACCAAGAUCAGCCGUGUGGAGAUGCACGCUGCCGCGGGGCCGCUCUCUAAAGAGACGCCUUCAAAUCCAGGGGCCGCAGUGAAGGCGGGAGAGCGACAGUGGUGUGAUGUGGGGAUUUUUAGAAACAACACCGCGCUGGUGAGCCAGUUUUACUUGCUGCCGAAAGGGAAGCAGAGCGCCUCGAAGGUGGGAAACGCAGAUGUUCCUGACUACAGUUUACUUAAGAAACAAGAUCUUGUUCCAGGCACUGGCUACCGAUUCCGGGUGGCUGCCAUCAAUGGCUGUGGAAUCAGCCCUUUCAGCAAAGUCAGUGAGUUUAAAACGUGCAUUCCUGGCUUUCCUGGCGCUCCUUCUGCAGUCCGAAUUUCAAAGAACGUGGAAGGCAUCCACCUCUCCUGGGAACCGCCGACCUCCCCUUCGGGGAACAUCCUGGAGUACUCCGCCUACCUGGCCAUCCGCACGGCGCAGAUACAGGACAACCCCAGCCAGCUGGUGUUCAUGCGGGUCUACUGCGGCCUCCGGACUUCAUGCACGGUGACCACUGGGCAGCUGGCCAACGCGCACAUGGACUACACAUCCAGGCCCGCCAUCGUGUUCCGCAUCUCGGCCAAGAACGAGAAGGGGUACGGACCCGCCACGCAGGUGCGAUGGCUCCAAAGCAACAAUAAGAAAGCGCCUGUGAGCUGAAUUGUUUUACCGAAGCUGCGGGGAUGCACUUAUUUAUUAGCAACUGGCGACGGAGAGCGGCCGUCUGGAAAAAUACUCUCCGACUGUAUUCCAGCAGUUAUGAAUUUGAGUUUGUAAGUUGUCCUUAAAAUGUAUUUGCUCCAUUGUAGAUCCAAAUAAAAAUAGAAAAGAAGCAAAGACUCGGAACAUUAGUACAUGGGUUCUUCCUUAUGUGUACAGCUCUUUCAGAGAAAAACAGCAAAACCGACAGGGUGCUAGGAGCGUUCGUCCCGCUCUGUAACUGUCUGCCCAGAGUCGCCGAGAUCCCCCGGGGCUGCCCCUCCCUGCCAGGACAGGUGUCCUCCGCCCUGGGACCCCAAGUCCAGGCCCCGCCUGCGGUUCCCACUGCUCCUGUGCUUGGCUGGCGCCUGUGCGACUGAUUCUGGUGGACUUCAUUCCUUUCUUGGUUUCCAUUUAGCACAGAGGUAAAAUUAACCAAGACAGAGAUCAAGGCGAGCUUAGAGACUCUGCUUUUGAAUUUUUAUUCUUUUUCAAGAAUAUUGGUAAGAUCAAAAAGAAUAACGAGUAUUUUCGAUUCAUACCAAGCCAGUCUAAAGCACACCAGUUAUCUGGCCCUUGCUCUCCUUACCAGGUGAGGGUUGGGAGAGUUUACCUUUACGGUCUUUUUCAGCCCGAGAAUUUUGUAUUUUCACCAGAAGCAUACUGUAUCCCUGAAUAUUUUCCUGUGCUCAAUGGCUCUAACUUCUUCUUUUGCUGAAAUUAAAACCUGCACAAUUUAAAAAUUCAGAAUUAAAAUAUAUGUCCUCUUAUUGUGCAAAGAAAGAAGCACCUUAAUAAGACAUAAGUUUGGAAUAGUGUUUUAAACAUUUGUAAGAUUUUGUAAAUGCUCUAGAUGUUUUAUUUUUGCAUUAUUUUUACCUCAGAAAUGUAUAAACUUUUUUACAAAAGAAUUGUAAGCAUUAGACAGCUAACUCAGGUUCCUUCCAACCUUAAAAAUGCAGAUAAGAGUUAACCCUGCUCCAGGUAUCUUGUUCUAGACUUUUAGGCGCUUCUCAGUUCCGCUGCCUGUUCAAACCUGGGAGAAGCGUGGUCAGAGCAGUAACUGCAGGAGGGACUGAGCCCCAGCCGCGUAAGCACUGGGCACAGGUCUGUCUACGCACCGCGGAACCCUCGCCAGGGUGGGUUGGCUGAGUGGCUGUGUUGCCAGACUAUGUGUAACGUCCCCAGCAAAGGUGAAAUUCAUUGUGCAGAACUGGUAUAUAUGCAUGCUUCAGUUACUAAUUUAAAGUGUAUAGAAUAUUUUAAUAUAUAACUUUUGUAAAGAACUGGGAUUUUUAUAUUACAGUAUUUGUAAUUAAUGUGUCUCACUAAUUUUCUCUUGAAGAAAAUAUGCAAACUGUUAGACACACACUGAGUCGUUUCCAAACUCUAAAGAUAAA